AUGGCUACAACAAUUCCAGUGGCAAGAGGCGCUGUUUAUGGUCGCUUACCUCUCAUUCAUCGCUCUCAGUUGCCUAUUUCUACUGUGAGCACACCGACACGGAAGCUCAACUUGAAAUAUGGCACCACUAAGUUUUCCCUCUUUGCCAGAUAUUCACAGUCGCAGGACCUUUUCACCAGCCGUCUUCAAGAUAGUAUUCAGAACUUGCCCAGUCUUUUGGAGGAUAUUGUUCAGACAUCUAUAAAAACUGGUCCUCGUGGAGCACUAAGACUGGCUCAAGGCAUCCAAGCAGUUGUAGGUGUUGGUAGCGAGUGGUUGGCUGAUGCUUCUAAGGCUGCAAGUUCAUCUGGUGGAUUUGCUGCUGACUUGCAGCUUGGAUUACUGUCACCUGUUUACUUAAGGAAGUUAUUCGAACGCAUGGGGGCCACAUACAUCAAAUUAGGUCAGUUCAUAGCAUCUGCACCGACAUUAUUUCCUCAAGAGUAUGUUGAGGAGUUUCAGUACUGUUUCGACAGAGCUCCUUCGGUUCCAUUCGAAGAGAUUCAAGAAAUCUUAGGUAAGGAGUUACGCCAGCCCAUUGACUCUGUGUUUGAGUAUGUGGAACCAACACCUAUAGCCUCUGCUUCCAUAGCACAGGUACAUGGCGCUAGAUUGAGGGGCAGUCAAGAGGAUGUAGUUAUUAAGGUGCUAAAACCCGGUAUAGAAGAUAUACUUGUGGCAGACUUGAACUUUGUGUAUAUUGUUGCACGCAUCUUGGAAUUCUUGAGUCCUGACCUAAGCCGAACAUCUCUGGUUGCUAUAAUCAAAGAUAUAAGAGAGUCGAUGCUUGAAGAAGUUGACUUUAAGAAAGAGGCUACAAAUGUUGAGGCCUUCAGGAGAUAUUUGGAUGCAAUGGGACUCACAAGGCAAGCUAUGGCACCAAAAGUGUAUCAAGAGUACAGUAGCAGACGGAUUCUUACAAUGGAAAGGCUUUAUGGUGUCCCUCUCACGGACUUGAACUCCAUCAACUCGCUUGUUCCAAAUCCGGAGAAUAGUCUUAUAACUGCCUUAAAUGUCUGGUUUGGUAGUCUGCUUGCUUGUGAAACCUUCCAUGCAGAUGUACAUGCUGGCAAUCUGUGGUUGCUCCGUGAUGGUCGCAUUGGGUUCCUCGACUUCGGAAUUGUGGGGAGAAUUUCGCCAAAAACAUGGAGUGCUAUGGAAGUAUUUCUGCAAUCACUCGCAACUGAAGAAUACGAGUCGAUGGCUUCUUCCUUGAUCGAUAUGGGUGCUACAAAUCAAAAUAUAGACUCUCAGGCCUUUGCAAGGGAUCUUGAAAAGAUAUUCUCCUCAAUUCAGGAUCUUGAUACCGAAAUAGUUGUUGCUACGGCAAGGGAACCUAAUACAAAUUCAACUGCAGUUGCUGCAAAUGUUGUUUUUGAUGAGAGACAAAUGAAUGUACUAUUUCUAGAUGUGGUUCGUGUUAGUGAAUCAUACGGUUUGAGAUUCCCUCGGGAGUUUGCACUCCUCAUGAAGCAACUACUUUAUUUCGACCGAUACACACGGCUGUUGGCUCCCAAUUUGAACAUGCUGAGGGACCAGAGGAUUAACAUUUCUCCAAACCAAAGGAGGAGACGAAAUAUCUAUCAGUGA